CUUCCUCUUCCCCUUUAUUAUUUUCUUACGAACCCUAACCAUGACUCUUAUCUAGAGGUUCAGUUAAUGGGUUUCCUUUUACCCGACGCGGGCAACAGAACCAACCUCAUGUUUCCGAAAGAAAUCUUGUGUAUUUUCACAAGGAAAGAAUCGCUAGCUUUGUGAAGUAACCAAUUUUUACGUCAAUUCUUAAACAGAGUUUACAGAAGUUUUUGAAAGGUGAAAGAUCAUGAUCAGGCUUCCUACCCUAGGGUCCCAAAGUGGACAAACAUGGGAUCACAAGGGGAGAACAGAGCUCGUACAGAUUUUCGUUUCGUAUGAUGAUUCUGCUAUUAACUUCUUACAAUUUCUUUAUGCUGAGAAUGGAAGCCUAGUUUUGUCUGAGCGCCCUGAUUAUAUCUAUGUCGGAAACAAUUUCAGCACAGUUACGCUCCAAUAUCCAGACGAGUUUCUAACAUCACUGAAGGGAACUUGGAACUAUGGGAAAUUGACUUCCAUCGAGUGCGGUACCAACCUAGGCAGACAUGGACCGUUUGGACGGGCGUACAAGGAUGACAAGCACUUUGAUUUUCAACUGGGCAACCACCGGGCAUUCGGUGGAUUUCACGGCACUACUUCCCGGGCUGGUACUCUGGAAUCCAUCGGGAUCUAUGUCAAGCCAAUCGCCUCGCUGAGCAACCUGAACUCCGAUCAACAGGUCAACGUCUCGAAAUCUGCCAGCAAAGCCGAAGUGAAGAAUAUCUAUUUAGACCAUUGAUCUAUUAUCGAUCACCACCUCUACACUAGUUGGUGUGAUUAUGCCUAUAUAGUCUCGUUUGUUUAUCUGCACUUAGUUAUAGCUGGCCUCUUUUGUGUAAUUAUUGCCUUUGGUUUAUUUACCUGAUGAGUCUUGUAUGACAUAUAAAUAGAGCUUCUGUUUGGUGCCGCCAAUGAUACGGACAUUUUAACGUAA